AUGAUUCCACCUCACACUAGAAGAUCAACAUUGGACUACGGCAAAAUUUUCAGAGGGCUUACCAAUUUCAUUCCAUUAACCCAACUUUCUGCUUACAGACAAAUGGGGUGGGAAAACCUGACCAGCGUCUCAGAAUUUUUCCUCCUCGGGCUUUCCGAGCAGCCAGAGCAGCAGGAAGUCCUCUCUGGGCUGUUUCUGUUCAUGUACCUGGUCACAGUGGGAGGCAACCUCCUCAUCAUUCUGGCCAUCAUUGCUGACGCUCACCUCCACACGCCCAUGUACUUCUUCCUGGCCAACCUCUCUCUUGCUGAUUCCUGCUUUGUGUCCACCACAGUCCCCAAGAUGUUGGCAAACAUAUGGAUCCAGAAUCAGACCAUCUCAUAUGCAGGGUGUCUAUCGCAACUGUAUUUUUUCAUGCUGUUCGUGAUGCUAGAGGCAUUCCUCUUGGCUGUCAUGGCCUACGACCGCUAUGUGGCCAUAUGCUACCCACUCCAUUACAUCAUGGUUAUGAGCCCUGGGCUCUGUGUCCUCCUAGUUUCUGCAUCCUGGAUUAUGAAUGCCCUCCACUCCCUCCUACACACACUGUUGAUGAACAAUCUGUCCUUCUGUGCAGAACGCAAGAUCCCACACUUCUUCUGUGACAUCAACCCGCUUCUGAGUCUGUCCUGCACAGAUCCCUUCAUUAAUGAGCUGGUGAUUUUCACUAUCGGGGGACUUGCAGGACUGGUUUGUGUGCUUUGCUUCAUUAUCUCUUAUGCACGUAUUUUCUCAACAAUCCUGAAGAUCCCUUCAAUUCAGGGGAAGCGGAAAGCCUUUUCCACCUGCAGCUCUCAUCUCUCUGUGGUUUCUCUAUUCUUUGGGACUUCCUUUUGUGUUUAUUUCAGUCCUCCCUCAACCCGCUCGGCACAGAAGGGCACAGUUGCAUCAGUGAUGUACACAGUAGUAACCCCACUGCUGAAUCCCUUUAUCUAUAGUUUAAGGAACAGAGACAUCAAGUCUUCCUUGAGAAAGCUAAUUUGGGUUAGCAAAAUCCAUUCCCCUUAG